AUGGUGAAAGCUAUUCGAGUUCACGAACUUGGUGGUCCUCAGGUUUUGAAAUUGGAGGAUGUGGAAAUUGGAGAACCUAAAGAAGGAGAAGUUCGUGUCAAGAAUAAAGCUGUUGGUGUUAAUUUUAUUGAUGUUUAUUUUCGUCAAGGGGUUUAUAAGGCUCCUUCUUUGCCCUUUUCUCCAGGUAUGGAGGCUGUUGGCAUUGUAACAGCUGUGGGUGCCGGACGCACUGGUAUACAGGUUGGAGAUCUUGUGGGUUACGCCGGUCAACCAAUGGGCUCGUAUGCUGAAGAGCAGAUUCUUCCUGCAAACAAAGUAAUCCCUAUCCCUUCCUCCAUUGAACCAGCUGUUGCAGCAUCCGUCUUGCUCAAAGGCAUGACAGCUCAAUUUUUGCUCCGCCGUUGCUUCAAGGUUGAACCCGGUCACACAAUUCUUAUCCAUGCCGCAGCUGGAGGAGUUGGAUCCCUGUUGUGCCAGUGGGCAAAUGCACUUGGUGCAACUGUUAUAGGAACUGUAUCCAAUAAGGAGAAAGCAGCUCAAGCCAAGGAGGAUGGCUGCCAUCAUGUUAUAAUUUAUAAAGAAGAGGAUUUUGUGGCACGCGUAAAUGAAAUUACAUCGGGCGCUGGUGUUGAAGUUGUCUAUGAUUCUGUGGGAAAGGAUACCUUUGAGGGAUCUUUGGCAUCCUUGAAGAUUAGAGGCUACAUGGUCAGUUUCGGACAGUCAUCCGGUUCACCUGAUCCAGUUCCAUUGUCUGCCUUGGCUGCAAAAGCUCUGUUCUUAACAAGGCCUUCCUUAUUUCAAUAUGUUGUCACUCGCGACGAGCUAUUGGAGGCUGCUGCAAAAGCACAUGAAGACUUGGAGAAUAGGAAAACCUCUGGAUCUGUUGUGUUGAUACCAUGA